GCCGCCUAGUGGGUUCCGUCUUCCGGCAAGAAAGAUGGCGUCUGGCUUGCUGCUGCUUGUGGUGCCUCCUGCGGCACGGGGACUGCUCCGAAGAUGUUGGGACCUUAUGCAGCGAAAACUUCAACAGAACUGGCCAGGGUUUCCAACUCCUCCAUGGGAACCAGCACUAGCAGUCCAGGGUCCAGCCAUAUUUACAGCACCAGCAAAUGAUACUAGUGGAAGGAAGGAGAAUUCCAACCUUUUGGAUAAUACCUUUUGGAUGGCAGUUCCCAAAAACAGACGCAGCAUUGAAGUUAACCGGUGUAGGAGAAGAAACCCUCACAAACUUAUUAAAGUUAAGAACAAUAUAGACAUUUGUCCUGAAUGUGGUCACCUGAAACAGAAGCAUGUCCUUUGUGGCUACUGUUAUGAGAAAGUGUGCAAGGAGACUGCAGAAAUCAGACGGCAGAUAAGGAAACAAGAAGGGGGUCCAUUUAAGGCUCCUACUGUGGAGACUGUUGUGCUGUACACAGGAGAGACACUAUCCGAACACGAUCAGGGCAAGAGGAUCAUUGAACGAGAAAGGAAACGGCCAUCCUGGUUCACCCAGAAUUGACUCCAGAGAUAUUAAAAGGAUAACUUCACAGUAUGCUGAAACAGAGGAAGAGUCUUGGUUUUUAUGUUGUGCUUAUUCUUAAAUAAAUAGAGUUUAAAAUAUACUUCA